ACUCUCUCUCCCUCUCUUUCUCUCCCGCUCACUCUCUCUCUCUCUCAGCCUCUCUCCCUCUUCUGUGGCUCCCUCGCUUUCCAGCCUCACUCACUCUCACACACCCUCACACACAGUCUCUCGCACCUUCAUUCCUCCACACCGCUGCAGAUAUGGCCGAGUCUUUCGUUGGCACAUGGAACCUCAAGGAGUCCGACAAAUUUGAUGAGUACAUGAAGGAGCUGGGUGUUGGUUUUGCUACACGUAAGGUGGGCAACCUGACCAAGCCCACCACUAUUAUCGCAGUGGACGGCGACAAGGUGACAGUGAAGACUCAAAGCACCAUUAAGAACACAGAGCUCAGUUUCAAGCUGGGAGAGGAGUUCGACGAGACCACCGCCGACGACAGGAAGGUCAAGUCCCUUGUGACAAUAGAUGGUGGAAAGAUGGUGCACGUACAGAAGUGGGACGGCAAAGAGACCAGUCUGGUCCGGGAUGUCAGCGGAAACGCUCUCACACUGACACUCACAAUGGGAAAUGUCGUAUGCACACGUCGCUACGAGAAGGCAGAGUAAAACAACACUGAGCCCCCUCCCCUCUCCAACUUACAUCAGCUGAAGCCCUCCACCCCCUAACUCCUAUAACACCAUCUCAAAGCCACACUAAGCAAACUCCUUGUAAGGGUGCUGAUUCCUUCAAUGUUCCUGCUUCCUCUAUGUUCAGUAUUAACGUUACUGCUGACUGUGGCCCCUUCCCUACAGCCACCGUUUCUCCCUGUCUUUCUCUUUAUACUGUUGUUCAUUCUACUGUAAGAAACACUGAAUAAAUUCCAAUGAUUUGUUGUUGUUUUCUCUC